AUGUUUCAACGCGAUCCUCGCGCCGGUGCAUUCUUAGGAGGUGACAGAGUAUCUGGACAGGACAUCCGUGAUCAAAAUGUACUUGCCGCGCAAACAAUUGCGAAUGUCGUCAAAAGUUCACUGGGACCGAUGGGAUUGGACAAAAUGCUGGUGGACAACAUUGGGGAAGUUACGAUCUCUAAUGACGGCGCGACCAUUCUAUCACUCCUGGCGGUAGAUCAUCCUGCUGGUCGCGUAUUCGUGGAUCUUGCGCAAAAACAGGACAGGGAAGUUGGAGACGGUACAACAUCUGUGGUACUCGUUGCUGCAGAGCUUCUCCGGAGAGCAAAUGAACUUGUGAAGCAGAAAAUCCAUCCCACCACGAUCAUCACGGGAUACAGGCUGGCAUGCAGGGAGGCGUGCAAGUUCAUGCAAGAUCAGCUGAGCAUCAAGGUGGAAGCGUUGGGCAGGGAGGCACUGAUCAAUUGCGCAAAGACAAGUAUGUCUAGCAAGAUCAUUGGCGGCGAUGAUGACUUCUUCGCACCUAUGGCAGUAGAUGCCAUGCUGGCUGUGAAGACCAUCAAUAGCCGCGGAGAAGUCAAGUAUCCAGUGAAGGCGGUCAAUGUCUUGAAGGCACACGGCCGGAGUGCUCGGGAAUCGCUGUUUGUCAACGGAUAUGCUCUGAACUGUACUGUCGCUAGCCAGGCCAUGAAAACGCGUAUAACAAACGCGAAGAUUGCGUGCCUGGACAUUAACCUGCAAAAAGCGCGUAUGCAAUUAGGUGUACAAAUCCUGGUUGACGACCCCGAACAAUUAGAAGACAUCCGUUCACGGGAGUCUGAAAUAACACUCGAGCGCAUCCGGAAAAUCUUGGCUGCUGGAGCCAACGUUGUUUUGACUACGAAGGGCAUUGACGAUCUUUGUCUUAAGGAAUUCGUCGAAGCCGGUGCCAUGGCCGUUCGCAGAUGUAGAAAGGAAGAUCUGCGACGAAUUGCAAAAGCGACCGGCGGUACUCUCGUAUCAAGCCUUGCCAACCUGGAGGGCGAAGAGUCGUUUGAGCCAAGCUAUCUGGGUACUGCUGAAGAAGUCGUGCAGGAGCGCAUCUCAGAUGACGAAUUGAUCCUCAUCAAGGGUAUGAAAGUUGUUAACUCAUCAUCCAUCGUGCUCCGAGGCGCAAACGACUACAUGUUGGACGAGAUGGAGAGGGCGAUUCAUGAUACAUUGUCAAUCAUCAAGCGAACACUAGAGAGUGGCGCGGUUGUUCCUGGAGGAGGCGCUGUCGAGACUGCAUUGAGCAUUUAUCUCGAGAAUUUCGCGACAACCUUGGGCUCAAGAGAACAGCUAGCCAUCGCGGAGUUUGCAAGCGCCCUUCUCGUCAUCCCUAAGACGCUGGCCGUCAAUGCGGCGAAGGAUUCAACGGAACUUGUCGCGAAGCUCCGUGCAUAUCAUAAUGCUGCUCUGAACGCGCCCGCAGGAGACCCGAAGAAGGCACUCUUGAGGUACGGUCUCGAUCUCUUAAAUGGCGAAGUACGGGACAACGUCACUGCUGGCAUUCUCGAGCCUACCGUCAGCAAGGUCCGCAGUCUGAAGUCUGCAUUCGAGGCAGCGGUUUCUCUCCUGCGCAUCGACGAUGCCAUCCAAUGUGUACCCGAAUCUAAGGGCGAACCUGAUCCUCACGCUGGACAUUGA